UGUUUGGAAGAAAAGAAAAUUAAGCACGAUAACCCCAGAAAGUGCUACUAGAAAACCAUCAUCCCCACUCAUCUCAACCUUAUCUCAUCUGGCCCUUUAUGUUAUCUCUUCGAGAUUCGAUUUUCUUCUGAUCGCUGUGAUCGAUGGAGAGAAUCCGCAACCACACGACUGCCGCUAUCAUCAUCAACAAUCAGAGGCUGAAGGCUUGCUUUCCAAGUUUCUGAUUGAUUUGUACUCGAGUUAGUGCUUGUGUUCUUCAAUUAGGGUUAGGGUUUUCUUCAAAUUUGAGGCCUUAUUUGGUGAUGUACUCAGUUUCUAGUUAUAGUCCUGUCAUAAAGGCACUUUUUUUCCCUUAAAAGUUCUAAUUUUUAUGCCAUUUUUAAGAUUUAUGGUGGUCCGACUGGGAGUUUGUAUCCGCUCCAAUACUGUACAUUCAACUAUUAUUUCAUCGUUACCUUUUUAUUUAUUUGCUUCUUCUUGAUGUUUAUUAGGAGGAAAAAAAUUUGUGAAAAUAUUAUCUAUAAAAUUAUUGACUAACAGAAUCACUUGAUUGCCAAAAAAGGAAAAAAAAAAAAGAAAAAAGAAAAGAAAAAAUUCUUGAAAAUAAGAACAAUGGGGAGUCCUGCAUUGGGCAACAGAAAUAAUGGGCAACGACUAGGCAUUACCGAACCUAUUUCUUUGGGUGGCCCAACUGAGUAUGAUGUGAUCAAGACCCGAGAACUUGAGAAGCAUUUGCAAGAUGCAGGAUUGUAUGAAAGUAAGGAGGAAGCUGUGAGUAGGGAAGAAGUACUUGGGAGGCUUGACCAGAUUGUGAAGACUUGGGUUAAGGCAAUUAGCCGGGCAAAAGGUUUGAAUGAGCAACUGGUUCAAGAAGCAAAUGCAAAGAUAUUCACGUUUGGUUCUUAUCGGUUAGGGGUACAUGGCCCUGGUGCAGACAUAGAUACUCUUUGUGUGGGACCAAGACAUGCAGCACGAGAUGAGGAUUUCUUUGGUGAGCUACAGAGAAUGCUGUCAGAGAUGCCUGAAGUAACAGAGUUGCACCCUGUCCCUGAUGCACAUGUCCCAGUUUUGAAAUUCAAGUUCAAAGGAGUGUCCAUAGAUCUUCUGUAUGCAAAACUUUCACUUUGGGUUAUUCCUGAAGACUUGGAUAUUUCCCAAGACUCAAUCCUACAGAAUGCAGAUGAACAGACAGUCCGUAGUCUUAAUGGUUGCCGAGUUACUGACCAGAUUUUGCGUUUGGUUCCAAAUAUUCAGAAUUUCAGGACAACUUUGAGAUGCAUGAGAUUUUGGGCAAAGCGUCGUGGUGUUUAUUCUAAUGUUUCUGGGUUUCUUGGUGGUAUAAACUGGGCAUUGCUUGUUGCUCGUAUAUGCCAGCUGUAUCCUAAUGCACUGCCAAAUAUGUUAGUGUCUCGAUUCUUUAGGGUAUAUACUCAAUGGCGUUGGCCAAAUCCAGUAAUGCUUUGUGCAAUUGAAGAAGGAUCACUUGGUCUUCAAAUUUGGGAUCCCAGAAAGAAUAUAAAAGACAGAUACCAUUUGAUGCCUAUAAUUACUCCCGCUUAUCCUUGCAUGAACUCUAGCUACAAUGUCUCAUCAAGUACUUUGCGAAUUAUGACAGAUGAGUUUCAGAGGGGUAAUGAAAUUUGUGAGGCUAUGGAGUCAAAUAAAGCUGAUUGGGAUACUCUAUUUGAACCUUAUCCUUUUUUUGAAGCCUACAAGAAUUAUCUACAAAUAGAUAUUGCUGCAGAAAACGCUGAUCAUUUAAGAAAUUGGAAAGGCUGGGUUGAAUCCCGUAUCCGUCAACUUACAUUAAAGAUUGAGAGGCACACUUAUAAUAUGCUUCAGUGCCACCCACAUCCACGUGAUUUUCAAGACAAAUCCAGACCCUUCCACUGCUCUUACUUCAUGGGUUUGCAACGCAAGCAAGGAGUUCCAGUAAAUGAAGGUGGACAGUUUGAUAUAAGGUUAACCGUUGAUGAGUUUAAGCAUUCUGUCAAUUCCUACUCAUCCUGGAAGCCUGGAAUGGAGAUCAAUGUUACCCAUGUAAAACGUAAGAACAUACCUACAUUUGUUUUUCCUGGUGGUGUCAGACCUUCUCGCCCAUCCAAAGUUACUUGGGAUAGCAGGCGGGCUUUAGAUGCAAAAGCUUCUAGCCAAGCUGCAUCAGAGAAUUCACCUGAAGUAAAAGGAGUUCCAGAUGGACAUGUUGAUGGAAAGAAGAGGAAGAGGUUGGAUGAUAAUGUGGAUGCUCAAUCAAGAAAUGGGAAAUGCAUUGCUACUGUGUCCUGUACUGUAGAAGUUCAUGAGGGUAGUACUGUUGGAUCUUGUUCCACAAAGAGUGACCAUAUGGAUGCUAAUAACUUGGCUGAAUCUAGGAGAGAUAAAGAUGACAGCAACAUUACAAAUGGCUUAAUGUAUUUUAAUGAUGUAGAGGAGCUUUUGUCUCACAAUGUUGAGGUUGAUAGAUCAAUAAGAUGCCCUCCUUCCAGUAAGGAAUUUUCUGCAACUUUAGACACAUCAACCUCUAAAGAGGCAGAGAAGCUGGCAAUUGAGAAGAUAAUGUCUGGUCCGUAUGGUGCACACCAGGCUUCUCAGCAAGAACUUGAGGAGCUUGAAGAUGAUUUUGAAUUCAAAAAUCAAGCAAAGAUUUCCGAGGGAAUCACAAAAUGUAGCCAUUCGGAAUCUUCAACUUCAAAUGCUGCCAGAGCAUUGUCAAGCAAUGGACCUGUUCCUUCUAGUGGUCUGCAGUCUAAUGGGGGUAUAGAGGAGCUUGAGGCUGCAGAACUUACACCUCCAGUAUUAAAUCCGAUACCUCCUGCACCCGUGGCACAGCGGAAGCCACUCAUAAGAUUGAAUUUCACUUCCUUGGGCAAAGCUACUGGGAAAAGCACCUGAAAAGUCGAUUAAGCAUGGCUGGUGGUGGUUCAAGAACCGUUAUGUAUUAUGGAGUCAAGCCUGCCUGACCUUUUUGUCACAAUAAAGAAUGUUCUUAAUAAACCAUCAACUAUGGUUUAGCAACCUCCUAAUGUACAUGGAAACGUAGAGUUUGUAUGUAGGCAGUCCGGCCGGCGGCUGGCUGCCAUAACCUUAUGAAGUCUCAGUUUACUGCAUUUUUCCGACGUGCUUAGAUGAAUCGUCUCUAUGCUAUGCGAGUUUGCUUUUAGUGAUGGAGUCUUUGUU